CUUAAUUAACCACUACGUUUGUUUAUCCUUAGCCAUGGCCAUGGUUAUGGACCUUGAUCACUUUCCAAAUUUUAGUUACGCCACCGCCUCCACGGACGACGGUUGCAAUUGGAAUUACUGGUCUCCCGUCGUCGACUGGGAGGAGCUUUCCGCCGGCCAGGAGGAUUUCCACCACCUCAUUGAUUCUAUGGUGGUCCAGGAUGUUGUGCUAAACCAAUCCCCUAGCCCUAGCAUAUAUCAAGACUACAACAAUUCUUCCCCUGACUACAAUAAUUCGUCCCCCGAGUACAACAUGAUGACUGAUGAUGAAACCAACGGCAGCGACGAUUGCAAGGGCCUGAGGCUCAUCCACCUGCUCAUGGCGGCGGCCGAGGCCCUCACGGGGCCUAACAAGAGCCGGGAAUUGGCUAGGGUGAUAUUGGUUCGGCUCAAGGAGUUGGUCUCGCCAAACGACGGCACCAACAUGGAAAGGCUAGCGGCUUAUUUCACCGACGCCUUGCAAGGUCUGCUAGAUGGCACCGCCUGUGGUGGUAAGAAUGUUCCAGGCGGCGGCUGCGGCCACCAGUACAAGGAGGAGCACCACCAGACGGAGGUUCUAGCGGCGUUUCAGUUGUUGCAAGAUAUGUCUCCUUAUGUGAAAUUUGGACAUUUCACAGCCAAUCAGGCUAUACUAGAAGCUGUGACGCAUGACAGGAGGGUCCAUAUUGUGGACUAUGAUAUCAUGGAGGGGAUUCAAUGGGCCUCACUAAUGCAGGCCUUGGUGUCUAGGAAAGAUGGGCCCCCAACUCCACACCUCCGCAUCACGGCGUUGUCGCGGGGCGGAAGCGGGCGGCGCUCAUUCGGCACCAUCCAAGAGACGGGCCGACGAUUGACUGCCUUCGCAGCUUCUAUAGGCCAGCCGUUUUCGUUUCACCAAUGUAGGUUGGAUUCGGACGAAACAUUUAGGCCAUCCUCUUUGAAAUUGGUUAGAGGGGAAGCUCUUAUAUUUAACUGUAUGUUACACUUGCCACAUUUUAGCUAUCGGGCCCCGGAAUCCAUUGCUUCGUUUUUAUCCGGGUCGAAGACCUUGAACCCGAGACUAAUUACCCUGGUGGAGGAAGAAAUGAGGUCCCCAAGCGAUGAGGGAUUCGUGGGUCGGUUCAUGGACUCGUUGCACCAUUACUCAGCUGUUUAUGACUCGCUGGAAGCCGGGUUCCCGAUGCAGGGUCGGGCAAGAGCAUUAGUGGAGCGGGUUUUCUUGGGGCCCAGAAUAGCCGGGUCGUUAGCCCGUAUAUACCGCGCCUGUGGGGAGGAGGAAUGGUGCUCUUGGGGGCAGUGGUUGAGUGCAGUUGGAUUUCGUCCAGUGAACACGAGUUUUGCCAAUCAUUGUCAAGCCAAAUUGUUAUUGGGACUGUACAAUGACGGGUACAGGGUGGAAGAAUUGAGCUCCAAUAAACUUGUUCUUGGGUGGAAGUCACGGCGCCUACUUUCUGCUUCCAUUUGGACCUCCAAAGAUAGUGAUUUAUGAUUUCAUGUACUCCUUUUUUCCACAACAAUUUGUAUAAAAUUAUUAUUUUAUUUUCUUAAUCCAG